GCAAGCUCAGAUCUUCCGUGCACCCUGCUCAGCUUCUGAGACUCUUCUCACCCUGAUUAAUUUCAGGAUUCAUUUUAAGCAAAUUCUCCUAUAAAUCCCACAGACUUCUGUUCAUGAUUUUUCUUUUGCUUUGUAGGGAAUUUUUAGUCUCUUUCUAACCCUUUGUUUGAACAUCUGGAUCAGUCACACUUUGUGCAAUUCUGUGAUCUUUGCUAUGAGUAUUCUGCAGAUUUGUGCCUCAGUCAGGGGGAAUAUAUUCCCUAUGGCACAGGUUUUAAGAUGUUGUCUUGCACCACCCAGAAGGGCCCCUCUCAUGCCCACUCAUGUGUCACUCCACAGGUCUUUGUCAGGGACACCAGUGGCUGAAAGGGACGGGAAACUUGCUCGCAAGAUGAUUCAGAAUGGAACGCACAACCGCAUCCUAACUGUGGAUUCCAUGAAUCCCUGCAUCAAAAAGGUUGAGUACGCAGUCAGAGGACCCAUUGUUAUCAGAGCUGUGGAACUGGAAAAGGAGCUGCAACAGGGGGUGAAGAAACCAUUCACUGAGGUUAUCAAAGCCAACAUUGGGGAUGCCCACGCCAUGGGCCAGAAACCCAUCACUUUCCUGAGACAGGUAACCUCCCUUUGCCUAUAUCCAGAGCUUCUCAAUGACAAUAAGUUCCCUGAAGAUGUGAAAAAGAAAGCUCUGCGGAUUCUACAGGCCUGUGGGGGGCAGAGUAUAGGAGCAUACAGCGCCAGCCAAGGCAUUGAGCUAAUCCGUCAGGAUGUCGCUAAAUACAUAGAGCGCAGAGAUGGUGGCAUUUCCUGCAGCGCGGACAAUAUCUACCUCUCUACAGGAGCCAGUGAUUCCAUAGUGACAAUGCUGAAGCUUCUGGUGUCCGGUCAGGGAAAGAAUCGCACAGGAGUGCUCAUACCGAUUCCUCAGUACCCCCUGUACUCAGCAGCCCUGGCAGAGUUAGACGCUGUGCAAGUUAACUAUUACCUGGAUGAAGAGAACUGUUGGGCGCUAGAUAUCACCGAGCUGAGGAGGGCACUAGAGGAGGCCAGGAAGCACUGCAACCCUAAAGUGCUAUGUAUCAUUAACCCCGGCAAUCCCACGGGCCAGGUGCAGAGCAGAAAAUGUAUUGAGGAAGUGAUCCGUUUUGCAGCAGAAGAGAACCUUUUCUUGAUGGCUGAUGAGGUUUAUCAGGAUAACGUCUAUGCCAAGGGUUGUGCCUUCCACUCUUUUAAGAAGGUUCUGUUUGAGAUGGGACCCAAAUACUCUGACGUGGUGGAGAUGGCUUCCUUCCAUUCUACCUCCAAGGGCUUCAUGGGCGAGUGCGGAUUCCGGGGCGGCUAUAUGGAAGUGGUUAACAUGGACCCUGAAGUCAAGCAGCAGUUGACCAAGCUAGUAUCUGUGCGACUGUGCCCACCAGUACCAGGACAGGCAUUGCUGGACGUUGUGGUGAACCCACCACAGCCCGGAGACCCCUCCUACAAACAGUUCAUUGCAGAGAAGCAGACGGUACUGGGUAACCUGGCAGAAAAAGCUCGACUCACUGAAGAGAUCCUUAACCAGGCACCGGGGAUCCGAUGUAACCCAGUUCAGGGUGCUAUGUACUCUUUCCCCAGAAUCCACAUUCCAGAAAACGCUGUCAGACUAGCAGAGGCAGAGGGUCAGGCCCCCGAUAUGUUUUUCUGUAUGAAGCUGCUGGAGGAAACUGGCAUCUGUGUGGUCCCUGGCAGUGGCUUUGGGCAGCGUGAUGGAACUUACCACUUCAGGAUGACCAUCCUUCCACCGACUGAUACGCUGAAGAGCCUGCUGGAGCGGCUAAAGGAUUUCCACCAGAAAUUCACCCAGGAAUACUCCUAGAUGAUGCCCAUUUAAAGCAUAUGGUGCCGCCUGAAACGCUACUCUGCAGGGAAGUGGUCUGUUAGAUACCAUUCUUCCACGGCUGGCCCUAGUACCACUUACCUUUCUCAUCCAGGCAUCAUGAACCUUUAUAGAUGUGCCAAAUUCACGCCAAUCAGUAUGAUUUCCUGAACCUGUCCUUAAACAUGUUGUAUUAUAGCGAGCAUCUGGCCUUAUGCAUAGACUCUGUAGAGCUGCAAUCAAAUUCCUCGAAUGAUCAAUAAUUCUCUUAAGAAAAUGCUGUAAACCCAUAAUUUACGCUUUCAUGCUGAUGGAGGUUUUAGGCAUAUCUGUUAGAGUAAUCUCCUCACCUGCGCCUUAUGGAAAGGUUAUUGUUACAUCUGCAUCUUCUCAAAUGCUGCUCAGAGAUGGAAAAACUACUUCCAAAGCCAAACCUUUUAAGCCAUAUAUGUAUGUUCUCCUUCUCCAAAUGUAACCCCUAGUAAGUCCUGGUGACUCAGCACACUACAGAUCUCCUGAGAAUGUGUCACAAAAUAGAAUUGACUUCACUUGUAGAGCAGGACUGGGGGUCUCUGCUUGACCCUGUAUUUGGAUUUGGUAGACAGGACUGGGGGUCUUUGCUUGAUCCUGGCUGUGGAUGAGGGAACUAGGGGUCUCUGCUUGAUCCUGGUUGUGGGUAAGAGGACUAGGGGUCUCUGCUUGAUCCUGGCUGUGGAUGAGGGAACUAGGGGUCUCUGCUUGAUCCUGGGUGUGGGUAAGAGGACUAGGGCUUGCUGCUUGAACCUGUGUGUGGGGGGGUAGAAAGGGCUGUGGGUCUGCUUGAUCCUGGGUGUGUGUGAGAGUACUAGGGGGUCUCUUAUUGAUCCUGGGUGUGUGUGAGAGUACUAGGGGUCUCUGUCUGAUCCUGGGUGUGGGGAGAAUGGGCUGAGAGUCUUUUCUUGAUCCUGUGUUUUAGUGAGAGGACUAGGGGUCUCUGCUUGAUCCUGGGUGUGGGGGGAAAGAGCUUAGGUGUCUUUGCUUGUUCCUGUGGAGGGUAGAAAGGGCUGAGGGUCUCUGCUUGAUCCUGGGGUGUGGGGAGAAAGGGCUGAGGGUCGUCUCUUGAUCCUGGGUAUGUGUGAGAGUACUAGGGGGUCUAUGUCUGAUCCUGGGUGUGUGGAGAAUGGGCUGAGGGUCUUUGCUUGAUCCUGUGUUUUAGUGAGAGGACUAGGGAUCUCUGCUUGAUCCUGGGUGUGGGGAGAAAGGGUUGAGGGUCUCUGCUUGAUCCUGGGUGUGUAUGAGAGUACUAGGGGGUCUCUUCUUGAUCCUGGGUGUGUGUGAGUACUAGGGGGUCUCUUCUUGUUCCUGGGUGUGUGUGAGAGUACUAGGGGGUCUCUUCUUGAUCCUGGGUGUGUGUGAGAGUACUAGGCGGUCUCUGUCGGAUCCUGGGUGUGGGGAGAAUGGGCUGAAAGUCUUUUCUUGAUCCUGUGUUUUAGUGAGAGGACUAGGGGUCUCUGCUUGAUCCUGGGGGA